AUGGCAACUAGUUCAUUUCGCGAUUCGGUCAACUCCCUGGGCUGGUCGCGGAGAGACCAAGAUCUGCCGGCCCGCGCCAACAAUUCCUCUGCCUCCACACCAUUUCUAUCCAGACUCCAAUCCCUAAACCCGUUUGGCCAACGGGAUGGCUACUUGCAACUCCCCACCCAUGAAGGCCCCGGCGCGCCUCUGCCUGCGCCCACUCGACGAGAAGAGGAAGAGAGCUUCCUUGCCUUGAGUCGAUGGGAUCGUAUGCUUAUCUUCGCUGCCUGCAACGCCGGUGCCGCCAUUUGUUUCCUGAUCUGUUUUUUUCUCUUCCCGGUACUAUCACUCAAGCCGCGCAAAUUCGCAAUCUUAUGGUCAGUCGGUUCCGUUCUGUUCCUACUAUCAUGGGCUGUCCUUAUGGGACCGAUGACCUACACCAAACACCUGGUCUCGGGACCCCGGCUACCCUUUACGGCCAUGUACUUUGGCUCGAUCGCCAUGACUCUGUAUUUCGCCAUCGGACUCCAUUCCACGCUGCUCACCCUCAUCUCAUCCAUCUUACAGCUCGCCACACUUGUCUGGUACCUGGUCAGCUACUUUCCAAUGGGGAGCACUGGGCUGCAGUUCAUGGGUCGCUUCGGUGCGCAGCGCGUCUCUGCCUGGAUGACUUGA